UCUUUCUCAACUCAUUCCAACUCACUCCGACUCCACUCUGUCAACGCCUUUCUUUUUCUAUUAUUUAUUAUUUAUUAUUAUUUUAAUAAAUAAAAAUAUCAAAUAACGCUUUCCUCUUUUGUCAUUUCUUCUUCUUCUUCUUCUUCUAUUCUCCAUCACACCACUUACUUCUUCUUCCUCUUAUUCUUUCUUACUUUGGACUAUUCACCCUUACUUCAUAUCAUAUUAUAUAUGUAUGUAUCACAUUCUGGGCCAGCCAGGCGAGAACUGCAACGCUAAUCAAUUUAUUAUUUUAUUACUUUUUUUUUUUUUUAUUUUACGUGAUGAGUGAGAUACCAGAAUUGAUUUAGUCAACUUCUUCUUCUUCUUCUUCUGCAUUACUUCUUUCUGGUUUUUAACUUCAUUUUCCACUUUUUGCAAAGUCAUGUUGCUUUCUUUUAUAGUAUUUUAAUUAAUAUAUAUUCGGGUUUUUUUUUUUUGGUAUUAUCUGGUGACAAUCGAGGCUGUCCGGGUACCAUUUUAUGUGAUUGUCGCUCCUUUUUCUUUUUUGGAUGCCUUUUUGGUUCCUUGAAAAUUAAUUUUGUUUUUGGCAUUUUGGUUUUUGCAGAGAGAGCCAAACAUUAACUCUCUCUCUCUCUCUAGCGGUUUCACAACAUUAACUCUUAACUACUAUCUUUUAACUCUCUCUCAUUCACACACACAGACACUCUGGUUAGGUUUUUGGGUUGUGGAAUUUUUGUCUGAAUUGAGCAGUUAUGGUCCGUAAACAUGGAUGGCAGCUACCUGCUCACACCUUUCAGGUUGUUGCCAUCACCGUAUUCUGCUUGUUAGUGGUUGCAUUCUAUGCUUUCUUCGCUCCUUUCCUUGGAGGCCGCAUCUGGGAGUAUGUUUUGAUCGGGAUCUACUCUCCAGUGGCACUCCUUGUUUUCAUUCUUUAUGUUCGGUGUACGGCAAUAAACCCUGCAGACCCUAGCAUUAUGUCUAAUUGGGACAGUAGAACAAAAAAUAAACUGAACACGGAUCAUGGGCUAUCAGCGAAAGACAUGCCUAGGAAAUUUGAUGGAAUUGCCAUUGGGGAGCAUUCUUCCCCAUCAAUGGCUUCUCGAAGUUCUAUGGGAGGGGAUAAUUCCAGUAAGAAAGGUUCAUUUGGAGAACUAGGAAGUGUAGAUAAUCAAGUGGAACCUACAAAGAGAACGUCCUGUUGUAUUGGCGGUGAAGUCCUCUGUGCAGUGUUUGUUCAUGAAGAUUGCCGAAAACAAUAUGCGGCUACUGAGCAGCAAGGGGGUGAAGAAGCUUUGUUCUGCACACUCUGCAAUGCUCAGGUCUGCAAAUUCAGCAAACACUGUAGAAGUUGUGAUAAGUGUGUGGAUGGUUUUGAUCACCAUUGUCGGUGGCUUAACAAUUGUGUGGGGCGCAAGAAUUAUGCAACUUUUAUUUGUCUAAUGGCCAUUAGUCUUGUUUGGCUUGUUAUUGAAGCUGGAGUUGGAAUUGCUGUCUUGGUGCUUUGCUUUGUUAAUAAGAAAAAUAUGGAGACUGAAAUUAUUGAGAGACUUGGAAAUGGCUUUACUCGUCCCCCAUUUGCAACAGUUGUGGCUGUGUGUACUGCAGUUUCCAUGCUUGCAUGCAUACCUUUGGGUGAACUUUUCUUCUUCCACAUGAUACUUAUACGCAAGGGUAUUACAACAUAUGAAUAUGUUGUGGCAAUGAGAGCCAUGAGUGAGACACCUGGUGCAGCAAAUUUGGACGAGGAAUUUGCAAAUAUUCUGUACUCUCCUACAGGAUCUGCCACCACAGGCUUGAGUGGUGGGAGUUCUUUGAGUCUGCACUACAAGGGAGCAUUUUGUACUCCUCCAAGGGUAUUUGUGGAUUAUCAGGAUGAAGUCCUGCCCCAGUUGGAGCCAGGAAUGGUACCAUCAACAGUCGAUCCAGAUGCAACUGGAAUUGCAGAAAGGGAGCAGAGGGUUCCAAAAAAGCCUGUUCGUAUCAGUGCAUGGGACCUUGCAAAGCUGGAUAGAAAUGAGGCCAAGAGAGCCGCAGCCAAAGCCAGGGCAUCAUCCUCUGUUUUGCGGCCAGUUGAUAGUCGUCAGCUACCUGAUCCUGAAUACAGCUCCAGCAGCAACAUGAGUGUUAGGAGUAGUGUAAGCACUGAUACAGGAGUGAAUAAAGAGUUGAAAGGUGACUUCAGGUUAUCUCCAUUGGGAAAUUCUUUUGCUCUGAGUCAAGGUAGCCGGGAUGAGUAUGAAACUGGUACUCAAAGCAUGAGUAGCUUCAGCAGUCCAAGCCAUGUCCAUGAAGCAGUCACUCUUAGCCCUCUUCCACAGCGUCCUGGUUUGGGUCGUUCUGUUCCAGCUCCGUCCAUACCUGGCUUGAUUCCUGAUCGUUCUUCGAUUUCAAAGGCAAUUUUUCCAAAUGUUAAACUACAAACAUCUCAACCUCUUGGAUUUGAUGAGAAGAUAAUGCAAAAGGGUGGUAGUAGUGAUCCACUAUUGCUUUCAGCACCAGCUACGUCACUUCUCCGAGAUGUUAGAAGGACAUCUGUUGUUUGGGACCAAGAAGCAGGGAGAUAUGUCUCAGUUCCUGUGGCAGCUUCAGAUGCUCGGACGAGACCAUCCUUACAAAUAGGAGUCAGCAACUCUAAUGCUGAAGCUAGCAGUUAUAGCAGGAAGCCAGUUGUUCCACCUCCACAAGAGUCUUCGUCUUCUGCAGUAAGGCCUCCACUACAAGCAACAGAGAAACUAACGUACACAGGAGACUCGAUAUUCUUUGGGGGUCCGCUUUUGAGUGUCCCGUUCAGGGAUGGUCCUAAAAAUGAAAAGGGGUCUGGCUCAAGAGAAGGACAAGAAAGGGUGGGAACGAACUUCUUCAAUGAGUCUAGAAUCAAACGGGAUUCCAACUCAAACCAACUUCCGGUGUUUGUUCCGGGGGGCUUUAACCAUAACUCUGGGUCUGGGUUAAAAUAGCUUUUAAACUAAUGAUUUGAAAUGCCAAGGUGCAAGCAAACUGAAAUGCCCCCAUUUGUUCCUCUGCAACGUUGAUCAGGGAAGAGGGCCAUUGAAAUUGAAGAAACCUUAUAGAGAUGUUCUUUAUUCAUGAAACCUUGUCCAACCUGUUGAAAAAAACACAGCCUCAUGUUGUUACAGCAAUUUUUUUUGUUUGUAAUGAAUCUCUGACUGGUCAAUGCUGUCUUUUGGGGAACUCUGUGAGUGAGGAGGUGACAUUGUAUUGUUUAUAACUAAAUUGUAGGCAAAAGUUUAGUGUUAUUUUUUGUAGGUGGAUUCGCUGUAUUUUAGUUAUGUGGAUAGAGACAGUUUUCCAGGCAACAUAACAUAAGACCAACAUUUCAGAAGA